UGUUAAUAAACAAAUCCAUCCUGCAUACCAACCCCAAUACCAACAUAUAACAUAUCAUAUAUCCUUCUUUCCUGUCUAUUUCAAGACUCACCGUCGGUGCCAUUGUACACACCCUCUUUUCCACUUAUUAACAAACAAACACCCACUCAUCAACCAUUCCAAACACCCACAAAUUAUGUCUAUGCACGCAAAGACAGAUUCCGAGGUAACCAGCUUAACAGCCUCAUCACCAACACGCUCACCACAACGGCCGGUUUACUACGUACAAAGUCCCUCACGUGACUCGCACGAUGGUGGCAAAACCACCAACUCCUUUCACUCAACCCCUGUGCUCAGCCCCAGUGGCUCCCCCAGCCGUCAAUCUCGGAACUCUUCAUCUACUAGAUACUCCGGGUCUGUCCGACCCGGAUCCAGAAAAGGCGGUCCACAUCAUUUGAAAGGAGAGAAGGGGUUUGAUGCGAUUGAGGAAGAGGGUCUGUACGAUGAAGAUGGUCGUAGGGGGAUUCCGAGACGGUGUUAUUUUCCGGCUUUUGUUGUUGGGUUUUUUGUUUUGUUUACGUUUUUUGCUCUGGUUUUGUGGGGGGCUGCUAGACCUCAGAAGCCUGUUAUCACCAUGAGGAGUAUUGCAUUUGACCAAUUUGUAGUAAAUGCUGGGGCAGAUGCAUCUGGAGUAGCCACAGAGAUGGUGACACCUCAACGUGCGACACAUUAUUAUAUUUUUUUAUCUAUGUCUAAAUUAUUUUUAAGACUUUACAUCGCUAUCUAAAUUACUUUUAAGACUCUACAACGCAACGAACGAGACAUACUCUUUUUUAUCUAUGUCUAAUGACGUUAAUGUCACAAAUGUGUAACAUGUGAUGUAAUGUCAUGUGCAGGCGCCACAUAUUAAUGUCAUCGUUGUAGCCGCAA